UUCAUUCCACCAAGACAUCCUUUGGGGUUACUUAUUGUGGGAUUCGGGGUGGGGUGCAGAGGAGGACGCUGCAAAGGCACGGACUACGGGGGGCAAUCUGUGAAGUUGCGCCCCAGGGGUGUCCUGGGCCCCUGGACACGCGGAAGGGGACCACUGCAGUUUUACAGUAUAAUUGUGAUUUCCCACCUUUCAGGAAUUUUCCGAAGAAACAGCUCCCAGCUAGAGUGAGGCCCAAGUACUGCCUUGGUCCAGGAUGGCUAGAGAAUCGAAGGAAAGCGCAGCCUUGGACGCCCAGUCUGCAGAGGACCGGACCGGGAUCCUGACCGUGAAGGUGGAGAAGGAGGAAGCCUCCGCCUUGGCUACUGAGGCGGGCGCCCCAGGCAGCCCAGCUCCGGACACCGAGCACUCCCGCCAGCGCUUCCGAGGCUUCCGCUACCCAGAGGCUGAGGGGCCCCGCGAGGCUCUGAGCCGGCUCCGGGAGCUCUGCCGACUGUGGCUGCGGCCAGAGGUGCACACCAAGGAGCAGAUCCUGGAGCUGCUGGUGCUGGAGCAGUUCCUGACCAUCCUGCCGGGGGACCUGCAGAGCUGGGUGCGGAAGCAGCAUCCGGAGAGCGGGGAGGACGUGGUGGUGCUCUUGGAGUAUUUGGAGAAGCAGUUGGAUGAGCCGAUGCCUCAGGUCCCAGGUGGUGACCAGGGGCAAGAACUGUUCUGUUGCAAGAUGGCAGUGUUGACACCAGCUCAGAGGUCACGAAAUACCCAGUUCCAGCCAAGAAAGACUCCACUCAAGCAUGAAUCUCUGGGAUCCCAGUCCUUACCAGACAGAGUUCUCCAGGUUCCUAGGCUUGCCUCUGGAGGGCGCUGCAGAGAAGAUGAAGUGGUAGCCGCCAGGCUUGGCCCAGAGUCCCAGGGGCUGCUGAAAAUGGAAGAUGUGGCCCUGACCCUCACUCCUGGAUGGACACAGCUGGAUUCAUCUCAGGUGAACUUCUACAGAGAUGAAAGGCAGGAGAACUGUGGCAGCCUGAUCUCCUUGGGUGGUGCAGUGCAGACGAAGAUCAGGGACCUGCCUCCAGACGAGGACCAUCCAGGACAAGAGUCUGGUCAGAUACCAUGCCACUUGGGUGAAGCCAUUGGCAAGAUUCCUGCACGUGCAGAAGCUGGUGAUCAGGAGGGCAGGUUACAAAGAAAGCAGAAAAGUGCUGCAGGAAAUAGGCGGCAUUAUUGUCAUGAAUGUGGGAAGACUUUUGCUCAGAGUUCAGGCCUGACUAAGCACAGGAGAAUCCACACUGGGGAGAAGCCCUAUGAAUGUGAGGAGUGUGGCAAGACCUUCAUUGGGAGCUCUGCCCUUGUCAUUCAUCAGAGAGUCCACACUGGGGAGAAACCAUAUGAGUGUGAGGAAUGUGGCAAGGUCUUCAGUCACAGUUCAAACCUUAUCAAACACCAGAGAACUCACACCGGAGAGAAGCCCUACGAGUGUGAUGACUGUGGGAAAACCUUUAGCCAGAGCUGCAGCCUCCUUGAACAUCACAAAAUCCACACUGGGGAGAAGCCAUACCAGUGCAAUGUGUGCGGCAAAGCCUUUAGGCGCAAUUCACAUCUCCUGAGACAUCAGAGGAUCCACGGCAAUAAAAACGUUGAGAAUCCUAACAGUGGAGAGACCUGGGAGAGUCAGGGGAGGAUGGAAAGCCAGUGGGAAAAUGUUGAGGCUCCCGUGUCUUACAAAUGUAAUGAGUGUGAGAGAAGUUUCACUAGGAAUAGAAGCCUUAUUGAGCACCAAAAAAUCCACACUGGUGAGAAACCCUAUCAGUGUGAUACAUGUGGAAAAGGCUUCACCCGAACUUCAUACCUUAUUCAACAUCAGAGAAGCCAUGUUGGGAAAAAAAUUCUAUCUCCAUGACCCACGUCUCAUAUGCCACAGUUGGUGCUCACUCCUCGUUGAACUGAAGCCACCCUGGAGCCCUUGCUGACUAGAAAAUUGUGAGCUGGGCUUUAUUUACUCCCACACAUCAUCAGGUGUUUGUUAGAAAAUAGAAACUGGCUGAGAUGAAUUAUCUACUACAUCUUAGAAGGUGAUUAAAAAAAAAAAAAAAACAACUUGUUUGAUAAGAGGCUAUGGGAGAGUUGUCUGGAAGAGGUCAGACCUGAAAUGAUUCUCACCUUUUAGACUUAAAUGGGCUUCUAGACUGGCUAAUUAAUCACCCUCGGCCAGCACUUUAUGACGUCUCCUGGGUCGAUGGCUCUGAUUUGGGGGGCUGAUGCUCUGACUGUUCAUUUUGCCUAUAAUGAAUUCCUCACCAGUUGGUUGGAUCAAUGAUGUCUUAUACCCCCAUUGUGCCUUGCAUACAGGUGCUAUAAGCAUUUAUUAAAUAUACCAGUGAAACGACCUUCAUAGCUCUGAAAAUCUAUUGUUGUCUAGAUUUCUGAGGACUAUCUAAGGCCAUUUGUGUUCAUCUAAUUCUCUGAGGUUCUAGAUUCUGGGUCUAGAAUAUUUAUCUAGAUUUGGAUUCUAGUACAUUUAUUGUCAAAUACGUAAGAUUGUCAGAGUUGGGGUGGAGGAAUCCAUAUUUCUUCACCAGCAUAGUAGUUAUAGUAGGAAUGCCUUAAACAGCUUCUUUAUCAUUAAGACAUUGUGAGACUGCUCCAUCUGUACAAUUCCAGUCUAUAGUCAAUGUUAACUACACUAGUUCAUAUUAAUUUUGCUACUCUUUAGGGGGAAACCUUUCACAUUCAGGUAAAUAAAAAUCAAUUUAUCAAGUCAGAUCAAAACUAUUAUGAAUCUUGAUGAAAAUCCUAUGAUACGAGAAUUCCCUGGCCGUCCAGUGGUUAGGACUUCACACUGUCACUGCUGAGGGCCCAUGUUCGAUUCUUAGUCGGGGAACUAAAAUCCCACAGGCUGUGCAGCCAAAAAAAAUUUUAAAUUAAGAAAAAAAAAAUCCUAUGAUCCUCAACAGCUUGUUUCUCACCUUUCAGUUAUCUUGGGCCUAACCAAGUGCCAAGACCCCAUCCAUAUCCCUCUCUCCCAAUUUAAAGCCAGGUGUGCAUGAAAGCUCAUGCCAGCUAAGCUUAAACUCCCUCCAGAUCAGAGGAUUCACACCAAACGUUUAUAACAAGUAUUGUUCAUGUUUUCAAAACUGCCCUGUGGUUGGGGAGAGGGCGAUUGGGUCAGAGGCAGCCAAUGUUGAUAGAGACCCGAGUAUAGGCAGUAGGAGAAAAUGUAUCUUUUCAGAAACACAUUGGGAGUCCUGGGUAUCUGACCAAAACGAUUCCACAACGUUCAAAGUACCAACCUGUGAGGUCAAGACUCUCAAUAUGAAUUUCAUGAUAUCUCCUGUUUUCACCCAGAUCACCUUCUGCUAAGUUCUUUAGAGACUGCUACCUUCUUCGUAGGUGCCUGAGUGCCCGUCCCCAGCUUCCAGCUUUAACAAGAAUGGGUUCUGCCUCUGAGGAAAUCCCAGACCACGUUUUGUUCAGUCCCCAGCAUAGCGUUUUCUUCUGUUCUCAAGUACCCUUGCUGGAUUCCUGCUCUGAAGUACCCCUGGCUGACUAGGGACUUUGCAAACUGUGGGGCUCUUCCUUUAUCACUUCCCUACAAUCUUUCAUUGCCUUCAUUAUCCCCUUGUUGCAGUAUAAUUUAAAACCUUAGUGUUCUAAAAUCCUGUAGACGUCCUCCAGUUAAUCUUUUCUAGCCUUUUAAAAUUUCCUUUUAAAUUAACCAUAUUUUUGUUACCUCUGCAAAGCUAGCCAUUUCC